CAGGUGUUUUUAGACAUACAAACAUUACGAACAUGGAGGACAAAAAUGACAAACUAGACCGACAAUCCAUACGAACUGGAAAAAACACCAGGGUUGACUUUGGAGGCUCCAUCCCUAUAUAGCGGAGUUCCAUCCAAAAGUCAACCAGGUUGUUUUUUAGACAUAAAAAACAUUACAAACAUGGUUGACAAAAAUGAUAAACAUGGUUGAUAACGUCAUAUUUGCACAUGUUUGCACCCUCGUUUCUUGAUCAUUUUGGCUUGAGUUUUUGCUUUCUUGGACUAUUUUAUGCUAGGUUGUGUUCCUUUGUCACAUUUCAGGUCCUAUCAUGUAAAUUGAAGCAUAGGCGCAAGUUUCAAGUCAAUCGGAGAUCAUUUGGCAAUUCGGGAGAAGAAACACGAGCAUGACCUGAGGAAGAAUGGACUUCUACCUCAUAUUAUGGACAAAUAACCAUGGAAUCUUGUCAUGAAAAGAUAGAGGACAAGACUGCGAGCGUCUGGGAUCAAACGGCGACUGAUUCAGAAUCCAAACGAGGGAGGAACGAAGCAUUAAACAAGAGCAGAGGAAGAAAUACGGGCAGGAGAAUUACGACUGUAUUUUCCUCUCCCAUGCCCGUAUUUUCACUGCCGAGAGGAGCUUUGGAUGUGCUGAAACUUAACCAAAACGCGUGUUUUGUGCAAAAUACGGACAUGGAAGAACUACGACCGUAUUUCUGCCCGUAUUUCGCCCAGAAUCGGGUUUUUGAGGCAGAUUCGAGCCAAAGGAAAGGCAGAGCUGGGUUUUGGUUCCCAAACACCCAAGGGACGAACUCUAGAGAGAGAGCGACUUGGGAACAUUCUUGGAGCUAUUUGGAGGAUUUCUUCACCAUUGGAGCUCGGGAAUCAAGCUUGGAGAUGGAGAUUGAAGAUCUAGAUAAGAUUUCUGCAGUCUCUCUCUUCUCUAUGGAAUAACUUUCCUUCACUUAGGUUUUGAGGAACUCUAGUUCCAUGUGUUAGGAUCUUUCUUGUAUGAAUUUUGGAUGCUAUAUUGUUUGAUUAUAAUUGAUUGAGGCAUGAUUUAUAGAGUCAAUUGAAGCCUGAUCAUCUUCUCUUGAUUUCUGCUUUAACCUAUGAUAGAUAGAAUCUGAUUAGGUUAAGAGAGCUUCCUUGAUUGAUAGUGGUUAAUUGGUUGUGCGAGAGUCAAUCAAUUCAGUGCUUUGUACUGGAAUUCAUUCCAGUAGUGGAGAUAUGUGUGAAUCGCCUUAGCAGUCUAUCCCGGUGAAGGCUAGUCGCCUUCCGGGUAUUCUGUCUAAGAGGGCUUGGUCAGCUUAAGAGAUUCCAAACUAAUUUAGGAUCUUCCGCAGUUUAAUCAACAGUAGACCAACCAAAGGUAAUUGCAACUUGGACCUAAUUGAGGAGCUAGGGGGAAUCAUACCUAAGUGAGUUCCCAACUUGUAAUUAGUAGAGUACUUAGUAGAGUAGUUUAGUAAAUCAAUCCUUAAUCUAGUUUGCUAGAUAAUGAACUGAAGCUGAGUAAUAGUAACUCUAGAGACCUGUGGAUUCGAUAUUUAUUACUUGUGCCACUAUACUGCAGUCCCUUUGAUUGGUUACACUUGGCCAUUGUUAGGUGUUGUGUCGUAGCGUGUCAAGUUUUUGGCGCCGUUGCCGGGGACUUUCUAGAUUAUUAGGAAAGGCAGAAGUUUGUUACUUUAGCGUUUUUUUUUCACCCUUGCUUUUCACUUGGGUGUUUUUGUUUUUGUUGGUGCAGAUCUGAAUCAUGGAUCCUAAUGGCUUCUCUAACCAGUGGGGGUAUCCACCACCAUCUGAGUGGUAUUACCCCGAGACUUCCUGGAGCAAUCAAGGAGGAGAGGACUUUGGAUUCGGGUCCCAGUACCAACCCCCUUACUACGGAGAACAAUCAGACCCCUGGGCAUAUCAAGAACAACCUACUUAUCCAGAAGAAUUCCUCCCGCAACUAGAAGGGCCAUCAUAUCUUGAUUUAGCCACAGCCCUCACGGGCCAUCCGGCAGAGCCAUGCUACACUCCACAGCCAGAUCCAAACUAUCACUUGAGGCUUCUCGUGGAGCAUAUUGCUCGAGUACCUGAGAGAUCCUUUCCCGAGAUGGAUCCUCAUAUCCAUGCCAUGGCCCAACCUGACUUCUUCUUUCCCCGUGAAAUAGAGGAUACCCUUCGGAGCAUAAAGAAGGACAUAGAGGUCAUUGAGAAAGCUUGUGCACAGUUUUCUCAAGACAACCUUUAUGCUGCCAUACAAGUAGAGGAGAAGGAAGAAGAAGGAAAUCAUGAGGAUGUUGAGGAGCAUACAGAAGUUGUCACGGAAAGCUCCCAUGAUAAUCAUGAUCAAGUGUAUCCUCUGGUGGUAGAUUACAACUGUCCCCAUUUCCACUCUGAUAUGCUGGGCCCAAGCGAUGAGAUGCAAGAUGAUCUCAUUGAAGAAAUUACAUGGCGACUUGCUCUCCAAUUUUUGCUAGAAGAAGAAGAGCGAGAAAGGGUGAGGGAAGAAGUUGUGGAGGAUGAGGAAGAAAGUAAAGAAGAGGAAGUUCUUGAUCUUUUCCAAGGGGAGAGGCCACAUUCUAAUGAAGGCAGGGGGGUUGAAGAAGCAAGUGGUGUCCAGGCUGAGGAUGAAGUUGAGGUGGAAGAGGCUUGCACCGACCAUGAUUUACAUGUGAGACUCCACCUCAUAGAUGAGAACCUCAACUUCAAAGAGGUUCUAGCAUGGACCGAAACUUAAGAGCUAUCGUCCGGCUCACGACGUGAAAGAAGCGCUUGUUGGGAGGAAACCCAACUAGUCGGUUCGCAUUUCUUUCCCUAUCUCUCCUCAGUUGAGUCAGUUUUGUUCUUUGAUGUUAGAGUCAAUAACUCAACCUUUGUGAGAUUUUGUGUGUUGUUUGUGUUCCGACUACUCUCUCCUCCUAGAAUGCACCGCCUGCCCCGUCCACCAUCAUUCACCCUUGAUCUGGUAACUUCAUUUUACCCUCCUUAUCUUUCCUCCAUUGAGGACAAUGUCGUGCUUAAGUGGGGGGGGUGUUCGAUUAUGUAUGCGUGUGAAUGUUUGGUUGUAUGUGUGUGCUUGGAGCCUAGUCCACUGUCCAAAUCUUGAGAUUUGAGGGCUCCAAGUACUAUUGUUUGCUUGAUUGUAUUGGCAUUGUGAGUUUAAUUGGUCAAUCGAAUGGCUUUCGAAUGAAUGCAUGACAACUAU